AUGAAAAUGUAUUUUAUAUUUCAUAAAGAUAAAAAUAAAAAUAAAUUUUAGUUUUAACAGUGCCCCAAACAAGCCAAGUGGAAGACGCCUGGAUUAGGUCGGGCCUCUGCCCAAAUAAGGAAUCAAUAUAUUUCAAUAAGUUCAAAAACAGGAAAAAAAAAAAAAGUCUACUUCACCGGCAGCGGACAUUAUCACGCGGGUGACCUUGGCUUACUCGUCUGCCAAAUCAAAGUUCAAGACGGAAAGAGACUCGAAUACCAGGAGUUUGCAAUUAACUGACUUAUAAUAAUGAAUUAAAGGAGUCUUUAUGAUGAUUAGUAUGGGCCCUGAGUUGAAGCCAAAAGACAAGUCGAAAACAGUGAUGGACCUGGUUUCGAGUAAUAAUGAAAAUGGAAGCUUGCCCUAUGAUUCAAAAGAUAAAUUUAUGCAUUGUGCGAGUAAUUGUGAGGACCACAACUUAGGUGAGGAAACUUUGUAUGGAGUAGGGCAAGCAAAGACACCCAAAGGAAAUGAGGAUAUGGAGAUUAACAUAACUGAAUUCACAAAUUCUGGUGGGGAUAGGUUGGCUGUUGCUGAAUGUCUGGAUGCGACUGAGAAUUCGAGUUCUUUUGGUGGCACGGUGUCAGGGCGUGAGAAUAAUUCAGCAAUAAGUGAUGCUGAAGUUGAAUCGGCAUUAUGUGGUGGGAAUCCGUUGGGAUCAGUGUAUGAUGGAUUGUUUCAAAUGAGGAAGAGAAAGUUGACAGAUCAUUGGAGGAGGUUUAUACGUCCCCUAAUGUGGCGGUGUAAAUGGUUAGAGCUGCAGCUUAAGGAAUUUAAGUCUCAGGCAUUGACGUAUGAUAGAGAAGUUGCAGAAUAUGAUCAGAGAAAGAAGUUUGAAUAUGAAAAGUUCACAUUUGAAGGACUUGAUGUGAAGUCACAACCUUUUCCUAGUCAAAUUCAAAGAAAGAAAGUAAUGAAGAGGAGAAAAAGAAAAAGAGUUGAAGAUACUGCUGAUUUAGUAUCUUAUGUGACAUAUCAUAACCUGUUCUCGUAUUAUGAAAGUAAGAAAUCUGUUGUUGCUACUUCUGCUUUGGAUGAUGAUAAUGGUAAUUUAGGAACCAAACAGGUCAACAGCAAUGACGACUUUGAGUUUAAUGAUGGGUUUUCAUGUCUUGAAUUCAGAGACAGUGAUGCAUGGUCAGAUCAGAUCCUUAGAAAGAUUGAUCUGGUUCAGGCACAAGCUCGCAAACUAAUGACCCGAGUUGACAAGGUGGUGAAUGACAGUCCUCGAAAGUUUGCUUCCAUUAAUAUGCUGAGUUCACCUGUGCCCUGCAAUGCAUUAACCGCUUCAAGUCAUGGAGAGGUGAUGCGUUUUCCUAAUAUGAUUGAGGGCACAGGUCAGCAUCUUGCUGGGAUUUCUUAUGAAAAUACUGAGGAUGAUAUUUUGAUACACAACCAGGCUGCCAAGGAAGAGCUGCAUAAGUUUCGAAGUGGUUUAACUCAGCAGGCAAAGGAGCCGCAGAUACCGAUUAAAAAGCCUGAGACUGUUUCUACUGUUCUUGCUCCUGGAGAUGACCUCCCUAGAAACCCUUUUGUUCAACCAAAUGUGAAGUUAUCUCUAACUUCCAAGUCAAAGGGUCCUAAUAACAAAAGGAAGAGGGGGAAACGAAAACCAGGCUCACGUAGAUGGAGUCGGAGAUCCUCAGGUUAGCCAAAUUUUUUAAGUUGGGUCUUUGUAUCUGUACAGAACAACUUGUGGAAGAGCAGUAGUAAACUUUUCCAGCUCUAAUUAUAUCCAUGUACAUGCUCAGCGUCUAUUCUCCUA